GGGCGCGCGGAGGCUGCCGGAGCUGCCAGUGUGUGUUGCCGAGCCUCGCGCGCUGUCUGCCGGUACUCACGCGCACUCACGCACGCGGCGGCGCACCUGCGAUGUGAGCGGAAUUACGGCGGAGCGGAGUUUACGGUGUGCACGAGGAGCAGCGCGGCGCGCGCAGCGGGGCCAUGGCCGUGGAUGCGCUAAUGGUUCUGCUGUGGGCCGUUACGGCCGUUACCGGGAUGGAAGAAACGAUGAUGGAUACUCGGACGGCGACGGCUGAGCUGGGGUGGACGGCGUACCCUGCAUCAGGGUGGGAGGAGGUGAGCGGCUACGACGAGAACCUGAACACGAUCCGCACCUACCAGGUGUGCAACGUCUUCGAGUCGAGCCAGAACAACUGGCUCCUGACCACCUUCAUCCAGCGCCGAGCGGCGCAGCGGGUUUACGUAGAAAUGCGCUUUACGGUGCGCGACUGCAGCAGCAUCCCGCGAGUCCCGGGGUCCUGCAAAGAGACCUUCAACCUCUACUACUACGAGAGCGACCAGGUCAUCGCCACAAAGGGCACGGCGUUUUGGAUGGAGGCUCCGUACCUGAAGGUGGACACCAUCGCGGCGGACGAGAGCUUCUCUCAGGUGGACUUCGGCGGACGGCUGAUGAAGGUGAACACGGAGGUGCGCAGCUUCGGGCCGCUCUCUAAGAACGGAUUCUACCUGGCGUUUCAGGAUUACGGCGCCUGUAUGUCGCUGCUGUCCGUCAGGGUGUUCUAUAAGAAGUGCCCCAGCGUGGUGCAGAACUUCGCCGUGUUCCCCGAGACCAUGACGGGGGCGGAGAGCACCUCGCUGGUCAUCGCUCGGGGCAUGUGCAUCCCCAACUCGGAGGAGGUGGACGUCCCCAUAAAGCUGUACUGUAACGGAGACGGCGAAUGGAUGGUACCCAUCGGCAGCUGCACCUGCAAGGCCGGAUUCGAACCGGAUAACGGGAACAUAUGCAGAGCUUGUCCCCCGGGGACGUUUAAGUCGAGUCAGGGGACGGAGCUGUGUCUGCAGUGUCCCCCCAACAGCAGAUCCACAUCUGAAGCCUCCACCAUCUGCGUCUGCAGGAACGGCUACUAUAGAGCAGAUGGAGACCUGCCGGACACGCCCUGCACCAGCGUUCCCUCCGGCCCUCGUAACGUGAUCUCCAUUGUGAACGAGACGUCGGUGAUCCUGGAGUGGCACCCUCCCCGCGAGACCGGAGGCCGGGAGGACGUGGUGUACAACAUCGUGUGUAAGAAGUGCCGGGCGGACCGGCGCUCCUGCUCGCACUGCGACGAUAACGUGGACUUCGUUCCUCGUCAGCUGGGUCUCACCGAUAACCGGGUGGUGAUCAGUAACCUGUGGGCCCACACACUCUACACCUUCGAGAUCCAGGCCGUCAACGGCGUCACCAACAAGAGCCCGUACCCCGCCCAGCACGUCUCCAUAGACAUCACCACCAACCAGGCCGCUCCCUCCAUGGUACCCAUAAUGCACCAGGUCAGCUCCACCAUGAGGAGCAUCACACUGUCAUGGCCGCAGCCGGAGCAGCCCAAUGGCAUCAUCCUGGACUACGAGCUCCGCUACUACGAGAAGGACCUGACGGAGGCUAACUCCACCAUAUUGAGGAGUCAGACUAACACGGCGCGAGUGGAUAGCCUCAGGACCGGGACGAUGUACGUGGUGCAGGUUCGGGCCAGGACCGUCGCCGGCUUCGGCAAGUACAGCAGCAAGAUGUGCUUCCAGACCCUUACAGACGAGGACUAUAAGUCGGAGUUGAGGGAGCAGUUGCCACUGAUUGCUGGUUCAGCAGCAGCUGCUGUGGUCUUCAUCGUAUCUCUAGUGGCCAUUUCUAUUGUCUGCAGCAGGAAACGAGCGUACAGUAAGGAGGCGGUGUACAGUGAUAAGCUCCAGCACUACAGUACAGGAACAGAGCUGUCUUUGAGACCUGAUCUGUCUAACUGCCACUCCUCCAUGGGCUGCCCGACCCUGCCAGGCUCUCCAGGCAUGAAGAUCUACAUCGACCCCUUCACCUACGAGGACCCCAACGAGGCGGUGCGCGAGUUCGCCAAGGAGAUCGACGUCUCCACCGUCAAAAUCGAGGAGGUCAUCGGAGCGGGUGAGUUCGGGGAGGUGUAUAAGGGCCGGCUGAAGUUGCCAGGUAAACGGGAAAUCUACGUGGCCAUUAAAACCCUGAAGGCGGGUUACUCUGAGAAACAGAGGCGGGACUUCCUGGCCGAGGCGUCAAUCAUGGGCCAGUUCGACCACCCCAACAUCAUCAGGCUGGAGGGCGUGGUCACCAAGAGCCGGCCGGUCAUGAUCGUCACGGAGUUCAUGGAGAACGGAGCUCUGGACUCGUUCCUCAGGCAAAACGACGGUCAGUUCACGGUGAUCCAGCUGGUGGGGAUGAUGCGGGGCAUCGCCGCGGGGAUGAAGUACCUGUCCGAGAUGAACUACGUCCACCGGGACCUGGCCGCCCGCAACAUCCUGGUCAACAGCAACCUGGUGUGCAAGGUGUCCGACUUCGGCCUGUCCCGAUACCUGCAGGAGGACACAUCCGACCCCACCUACACCAGCUCCCUGGGUGGGAAGAUCCCGGUGAGAUGGACGUCACCUGAAGCCAUCGCCUUCAGGAAGUUCACCUCCGCCAGCGACGUGUGGAGCUACGGCAUCGUCAUGUGGGAGGUGAUGUCCUUCGGGGAGAGACCGUACUGGGACAUGUCCAACCAAGACGUGAUUAAUGCUAUAGAGCAGGACUACCGGCUGCCGGCUCCGAUGGACUGCCCCACCGCGCUGCACCAGCUGAUGCUGGACUGCUGGCAGAAAGACCGUAACGCUCGGCCGCGCUUCACCGACAUCGUCAACACCCUCGACAAGCUCAUCCGCAACCCCACCAGCCUGAAGGCCAUCGCCAGCAUCCCCUCCAUUCCGUCUCAGCCUCUGUUGGACAGGUCCAUCCCCGACUUCAACACCUUCAGCUCGGUGGAGGACUGGCUGUCGGCCCUUAAGAUGUCUCAGUACCGAGAUAACUUCCUCAACUCCGGCUUCACUUCCCUCCAGCUGGUGGCUCAGAUGACCUCCGAAGAUCUGCUGAGGAUAGGCAUCACCCUGGCAGGUCAUCAGAAGAAGAUCCUGAGCAGCAUCCAGUCCAUGCAGAUGAACCAGUGCCAGCCGCCCACGCCGCUGGCAUGACUGCAGGGGGCGCCGAUCGACGGGCCGGGCAGCCUGCUCCGGGGCCAGAGGCGGGCCAGCCCCACCCCGUCGGAGCGCGCCAGAGUCGAGACCAUCAUCCUGAUCUGACCAAUGGAACGCCAGGGGAGGAGGAGAAGGGGGCCGGAAUAACCAGAGACACGCCUGUAGUGACCCGUCUGUCUGUCUGUCUGUCCCCAGAGAGAAGAGCGCAGGAAUACCUGUCUGUCUGUCUGUCCGAUUGUCUGAUUACGCUUAGAGGACGUCCGUCGUUUUUGCAUUUCUUCCGGUUUAUUACAGAAAACUGAGACCGUGGAACAAAGUCCGUUUCCCAUACGGGCGACGUGUACAGAGACGUUUUUUUUUUUUUGCCUAACGGAUUAAGUUUUAUCUCUUUCAUACUCGUUCACUUAUUACGAGAAAUAUUUUACGCUCUCAGCCGAAUCCACGGAUAUGCUCUCCACAGAAACACAAAAGUACAUGUUUUUCGUUUUCUUGACUGUUGUCCUCCUGUUAUCUAUUUAAUCCCUCUGGUUUUAUUACUCGGACGGCAGACGUCUAUACCUCCUAGUCCUUCAGCUUCCCAGCACCACUACCUGUUCACCUGCGGGUGGACGGACGGACGCACGGACAUCUCGCGCCGGAGGACGUCCGUCCGUUAGCUUCUACGUGUAAAUCUAUAAAUGAAUAUGAAUCUAAUUACACAGUUAACCUUCAUAUUGAAGGUGCCACCUAAUGGAUUAUGUAUGUAUAUACUUUUCUUCUGCUUGCAUUUUUGGCAACAGCGAGCGUGGAGCCAGCGUGAACCGGACGCACGACGGCGGUGGACGUGAGACUCGUUACGGACGUGAGACUCGUGAGAUUGGUUACGCUCGGCGCGACGAGAGGAACUUGCUUCAGUCGCGUCCAGAAAGAGAACAAAAAACAAAAAACAAAGACAACGUGGACAAUCUUCAUACUGUACAUCUCUGGUCACUACGAAUCGGAACGUAACGCUGUGGAAACACGGAAACUUGCGGAAACUUACGGAUUUAUGGAUUGUGUAUAAAAAAAAGUCGUAGGAAGAAGCGAACAAAAACAUUCAGGCUACCAAAACUGGAUGAGGUUUAUUGUAGGUGUUUCCAUGCCGAAGAGUACGUACCUGUACAGCUUUCUUCUUCUUCUUCUUCUUCUUCUUCUUUCUUGCGUUAUUUCUGCUCUACUUCUACUUCUUCUUCUUCUUCUUCGGGUCCUUCUCGUUAGUUUGUCGUAGGAGUGUUUGGGUUUGGGGGCGCUGUCUACAGGCGGAGAAAGGUGGUGCACUGAAUUUAAUACCUGAUCUGAUUGUGUCGCGCAUCGGUUGAAAAAAAGAAAAAUGCAUAUGGAUUGGUUUAUUUAUUUAUUUAUUUAUGUGGGAUUCAAUUCGAAAUAUGAGUAGCUUUUGAGUAGUCUGUUUAUAUGGACAAUUCUUGCCAGACACCGCCGCUCACCAUCAUUAUCACCUACAGCAGUACCACAGUACACUGUGUAUUAAUGGUACUUACAUGGUACUUACCAGAUACAAGAAAAGGUUAUACGAAAGUUCAGCAAUGUUUUAAAAGAGCAAGAAUGUCCUGAAAAUGUUAAAAGAAACAUUGCAAACAAAACUAAACAUCAAAACAUUGACACAACAAGUUACGUUGCACGUUAUUAUUAAUUAAAACAUUUUGGGGACCUCCAGAAAACUUCGGAACAAAUUGAACUUUCUAAGAACACUAACUUUACCAUUCAGACAAUUUUCUACUAUUGAAAUAUCGUUAGCAAUAAAAUGACACAGUGGAUCUGAUUCUGAUCACUCAAAUAUUAUUAUUGUCUCAAUUUGAAUACUAAUGAAUGAACCAAUAAUCAAUAAAACUGAGUGUACUGCACAUAAAUGCAUUAGAUAGAUUUAUAACGCCGAUCUGAGACGCUACGUUUACAGUUUAAGUUACACUACUCCGUUUUACUGAUGUGGAAGUGAAUUCAGGUGUGCACACUGCAUUCAGAUCAGAUCAGUUCAGUGCACCACUUUAUCCACUAUUUUUGAGUGGUGUGAAAGUGUGUGUGUGUGUGUGUGUUCACUACCUAAACUCUCUGGUACGUCCUCGUUAUUGUUAUUGCACUGUUAAUAAGCUGUACUGCUGUUCGUCCAACAGGGUCUUUACAACACAGCCGCUAAAUCAACUGUUUACAUUUACAGCAGAACCAAUCAGGACUUAGUCAGGUAAUACGCUAGAGCGAUCUGCAUGAGGCAUCAAUACGCUAAUACGCUAGCUCUAUCUCUUCAUCAUUCUAUCUCUCUUUUUUAGAACACUGGACUCUUUUUCACCGCAGCGCCAAAUGAUCAACCACCCAUUAAACCCGUUAAACCAGCUACGGUUUCGUUUUCCAUUUGCUGUGUGGCUAAAUCAUGUGCCUGGUUGCAUCAUCACAUGCUAACUUGUGAAACUUAGCUAACUAAAGCUUUCCUCCCCGCUACUGCCCUCAUACAGCAUCGCUACAGCUGUGUUAGCAUACCAGCUACCAGGUUUGUCCCAUAAUAUUACAGUAGUGUUGGCACAGUGGCUACAGACCUUGUCCAACAUUGCUACAGUGGUGUUAGCAUGCUGGAUACAGGCCUCAUCCAGCAUCACUACAGGUCUCUUCCAUCAUCACUACAGCAGUGUUAGCACGCUGGCUACCCUACUGCAGGACUUAUCUCACAGUGGUAUUAGCACGCUGGCUACCCUACUGCAGGACUUAUCUCACAGUGGUGUUAGCACGCUGGCUACCCUACUGCAGGACUACCCUACUUAUAGUGGGACUUAUCCCACAUCUCUACAGCAGUGUUAUCAUGCUGGAUACCCUACAGCGGUGUUAGCAUGCUGACUACUCUACAGCAAUGUUAGCAUUCUGACUACUCUACUGCAGGACUUAUCCCACAUCUCUACAGCAGUGUUAGCAUGCUGGCUACCCUACAGCGGGGUUAGCAUACUGACUACUCUACUGCUGGACUUAUCCCAAAUCGCUACAGUGGUGUCAGCACCCUGACUACCCUACUUAUAGCGGGAGUUAUCUCACUACAUCACUACAGUUGUGUUAGCAUGCUGGCUACCUAACUUAUGAUGAGACUUAUCACAUAUCUCUACACCUGUGUUAGCACGCUGGCGACCCUACUUAUAGCGGGACUUAUCCCAAAUGUCUACAGGGGUGUUAGCACGCUGACUACCAGGCUCCUCCAGCAUCACUACAGCAGUGUUAGCAUGGCCCGGCUAGGCAUAAAACCCUUCAGUCUUUACACUCUCCUGAUAUACGGUUCUGUGUUCUUUAUUUAUGCUAAGCUAACGGUACAGAACCCUGUCCUCCGGAUCAGAACCUGCAGUGAAAAAGAGACCAGUGAUCUGCUUUAGUGUUCACCUUACUGACCCCAGAUCAGCACAGUAUUAUACUGUAGAGAGAGACUGUGUGUGAGUGUGUGUGUGUGUGUGUGUGUGUGUGUAGAGUGUGUGUGUGUGUGUGUGUGUUGACCAGACGGCACAUCUGGGAGACCCUUCCCUAACAGAUGCCCUCUCACUGAGCACAUUCUCCAUACGCCAUAAUUGAGGCUCUACACACUUUACACACACACACACACACACUCUACACACACACACACACACACACUCUUACACACACAGCUGUUCCCGCUCCGGGCUGUGUCUCGCUCUCUCUCUCUCUCUCUCUCUCUCUCCUGGUUGCCAUGGUGAUGGAGUGUUAGUCGAAAGAAAGUAGCAACGCCUCGCGCAGUCACUCGUCCGCGUGCGAGAGUGUGUGUGCGCGCGAGUGUGUGCGCGAGUGUGUGCGUGUGAUGAGUACGGAUGCGGCGUGGAAGUUAAUGAGGAAGGAUUGGGUGUGUUUACUAACGCGAGUGUUCACAGAGUCAGAGAGAGAGCAGAGAGAGAGAGAGUGUGAAAGCUGUUUCAGGAACUGUCCAGAGUACUGAAAUCUGAGGUCCUGGAUUCUCUAUAAGCAGACUAUCUGCUCCCUGUGCCGAGUGUGGGGUCGCGUGAUUAGUUCGUUUUUUUUUUAUAACAUGACGCUUCCAACCAUGGUGUUUCUUCUCUUUCAGUAUCAGUAUUUUCGUACCACUUUAAAAUAAGACUGCCUUUAUAAAGGUGUUAUGACUGGUUCAUAAAGGAGGUUAUUAAUGGUUAUUAAUUAGGCUGCAAAUACUUAAUAAAUAAAUAACAACGUGGAUAGAAAUGACAAAAACAAGUAAAAAAAAAAUGGCAAAGUAUUAAAGUAAAUAUAUGUUUUACAUCAAUCAGCAUUAAACUUCAUAUUAAUAUAUUUGUAAAUAUGUUUAACUUUAAAUCUUUUACUAUUAAUUUAAUUGGAUCACUGUUGCCUUUUUAAUAUAUAUGCGUUGUAACUGCUUAUCAGUGGUUUUAAAGCAUUUACAACCUAAUCAAUAAAACUCAAUAAUCUAGUUUAUAAACCAUUUAUAAACCCUUUAUAAGGGUAGUCCUAUUUUAAAGUGGUUGUAUUUUCUAAUAAGGCACACUGUGAUAGAACUGGAGCGAGAGCGCUGUAAUAAGCUCAGCUUUGUGGAGUGAGUGCAGGUACUGACAGCAUGGUAAUAAGCGCUGCUCUCGCGCCGGAGCAGCUUAAAUGUUUAUAUCCAAUAAAAGGACACUUUAUUUCCGGAUUCAAGGAGAAUGUAUUGUUAUUAACAUCGAAUCUGAUGAGGUGGAAUGAAAUUGUAUUAUCACGGUCCAGUUCAGUCCAGUUCCACCCAAAAGAGCAGUUGUUAUGUAAGAUAAAAUCAAAUAAAAUAAAAAUAAGAAUAAAAUAUGAUGUGAAAUAUGAAUGAAAUAGAUAAUGAGAUAAAUACACAUAAUAUAAAGAAGAUAAGGGAAUAAUAAUGCAAAUGAUAAAAGCAGAAAAUGGACGAAGCUUCAUUGAUUCAACAUGCACAAAAGUGACGCACGGAAUUAAGCAAUUGAUCCACAGCUCAGAUGGCGUUCUCGUGUGUGAAAACAAACCAGCAAUAAUAUAUAAAAUAAUAAUAAGCCCUUCCACAAACCAGCCCAGAAUCAUUUAUUCGGGACCAUGUAUAAGGAUGAAAAGAGAGAUAAAAAAGAGAGAGAGAG